AAAAGGGGUGAAUUCACCACCAUCACCAUCAUCAUCAUCAUCAUCAUCACAGGGCUGGGAGUCUUAGCCACCGCGUCACUUUCAGACUCUCCACCAGUGGAUGUCAACUUUCUCCUUUUUUUAUUUAUUUUUUAUUUCACGCACUGGCACAAAAUGAGGCGCACAUUUAGCUAUCGUUUAUGCUGAAGGACAUUAUUGUAAGGCGUAACAUUUUUACUGCUGUUGUCAAACCUUGGCUAUAUUUGAUGCUAAUCUACAUGUAGUUAUUUGGUGCUGCGCUUGUUAGCGUAUCCAGCUACAGCUAGGCUGCUACUCAGCUAGCUAAUCAUCAGCCGGUCAACAUUCCCAGCGACUCCAAUGAUGAUUCACACGAUCUUCGGCGAAUGAAGCAUCUCGAAGCUUUCUAUUUCCCGAAAUUUGGACUUUGUAGAGUACGAGACCAAAAUGAAGAAGCAGUUUAAUCGGAUGAAACAACUCGCCAACCAGACAGUUGGCAGAGCUGAAAAAACAGAAGUCCUCAGUGAUGACCUGUUACAGAUCGAACGUCGCAUGGAACUGGUGCGGGCCGUUUCCCACAAUACGCAUAAGAGACUGGUUACAUGUCUGCAGGGACAGAAAAAGCUCUCACUGACAGCAUUGUCACAGGCCAUGCAAGAUGGCGGGAGCCAACUAGGAGAGGAGUCUCUUAUUGGGAAAACGAUGGAGGUGUGUGGUGAAGCAGAGAACAGACUAGCUUCUGAGCUGAUGCAGCAUGAGAUUCAGAUUGAGAAGGAGGUUUUAGAUCCACUAAAUCAGUUAGCUGAGGUGGACAUCCCCAACAUACUCAAGCAGAGAAGACAACUUGCCAAGCUGGUGCUAGACUAUGAUUCUGCUCGAACAAGAUGGUUGCAGGCAACCAAAUCCAUAAUCUCUGGAACAAACACACAAGCACUGACAGCCAAGGCAGACUCACUUAAGGAAGAGAUGGAUGAAGCAAUGAACAAAAUGGAGCUCUGCAAGGAUCAACUCUCUGCUGACCUGUACAAUUUCUUUUCAAAAGAAGGGGACUAUGCAUGCUAUUAUGUAACGUUAUUAGAGGCUCAAGCAGAUUACCACCGAAAAUCUCUCUCUGUUCUGGAAAGUGUCCUGCCAGCAAUUCAUGCACAACAAGACUCAUGGACAGAGAAGCCAGCAUUUGGAACAGGCUUGGAUGAGCACCUGAAAAGGAGUAACAGAGAGAUAGCGCUGCCCAUAGAGGCUUGUGUGAUGAUGCUGCUGGAGACAGGCAUGAAGGAAGAGGGUCUUUUCCGGAUAACUGCAGGAGCCUCUAAACUGAAAAAGCUUAAGGCAGCGCUGGACUGCUCCACCUCUCAGCUAGAGGAGUUCUACUCUGAUCCACAUGCAGUUGCUGGAGCUUUGAAGUCCUACCUAAGGGAACUGCCAGAGCCUCUUAUGACCUAUGAACUCUAUGAUGAGUGGAUUCAGGCAUCCAAUAUAUCUGACACCGACAAAAGGUUACAAGCUUUGUGGGUGACCUGUGAUCAGUUACCAAACAGCAACAAAGCCAACUUGAGGUAUCUGGUGAAGUUUCUUACUAAACUUGCUCAAGAAAGUGAAAUUAACAAGAUGACACCUAGCAACAUUGCAAUUGUUUUAGGACCAAAUCUGUUAUGGCAAAAAACAGAGGGGAGCUUAGCAGAGAUGGCAGCUGCGACCUCUGUCCAUGUCGUAACUAUUAUCGAGCCCAUCAUUCAACAUGCAGACUGGUUUUUCCCUGAAGAUGUGGAGUUCAAUGUAUCAGGCAUGUUUUCAAUGCCCACUCCUAUGACAAACCAUGUCAAUCACCUGACCAUAUCCGACUACGACUCGGGCACAAUAGAGAGGAAGAGGCCUAAUAGUAUGGUGGGAGCUGAUGGUGACCUGGCUAGACGAGACAGCUCUGCUAACAAAUUAACGGAGCACAAUCCCCGUAGAGGCAGUACACUAACUAGAAAGCAGCACACUUCCCCUGCCUUCCAGCCCCCUCUGCCCCCAGUGGAGGCUGCCAGUAAUGCAGGAGGCCAGUUUGUAGCUGAGCUCCUGCUACAGCAGCCUGCACCAGAGGGCCUGGGUAUGGAGGCCUGCCAUCCUAGCUUGGCACUGGGGAUGGCAGCCCUAGCAGCAGCACAGCAGCUUCUAGCACAACAAACUGAGGAGAUCAGUUCAAAGUCAAGUGAAGCUACAUCCACACCUCAGAGAAAUGGCUGUGGAGGUUCACAACUGAGUGUGGCAUCUCCAGUAACAGGAUCAUCAGGACACAGCCCUCUCAUGGCACGCAGAGUUAUAAAAAAGCCGGCUCCUGCUCCACCUAAACCAGCCAAUUCACCAUCAGGUCAGCUGGGCAAUCAGUCAUCACCACAGCCUUCAUGUGGGACUCCUCAAUCCCUCUCUCCAUCUCCAAGACCUCUCUCAGCACACUCUCCAAGCAGUCCUUGCCCCACUCUGUUAGUAACUCAGUCUAGUACAAUACCUCGGCGUCACUUAAGCAACCAGCCUCCUCUCCAAGCCCCCAGCCAUCCACCCCCAGAGCCCCCCAGCCAGGUUACUCCAUUUCAGCCCAUAGCAGUUGGAGAUCCAGGAGAAGAGCCAUCUCCACCCAGUACUCCCAGUCCCCCUAAAACUCCUCCACCUUCAGUGGUUCCUCCUGAAAAUGCAAGCACAUAUGUUCCUUCCCCGUUUCAGUCUGGCUCUCUGCCUCGGCCUCGGCCUGUGCCUAAACCACGCAACAGACCCACUAUUCCUCCUCCACCACAACCUCAGCCUUCGGCCAGUGACACCGGUGACACUAAUGACAUCUGGAGUUCUGCAUACAAAAUGAUGGAACCAGGGAUGCCAUUCAAAGGGCUGGGUCGAGUCCUUAUUCCUGACAUAACCCCGGAUCAGCAGCCUGUUGCUCAACUAAAGGAUUCAGACUUGGACUCAGAGAGCACCGUCCUGUGAAGGUGGCUGCCAUAAGCCGGCUACCUGUUCCUCACAGCCCAGGGGCUCUCUGAAAUGCUGCUGCUUCUUCUCUUUUACCAAGUUCCUGUCAGCUUGGUUGCAUUUCACCAAAGAUUUUGGACCAUUCGUAGAACCCAGAGGAAUAGCGGCAUGGAGACUGCAUGGCACCGAACAGGUUUAAAGCUAUCACCAUCAAUAUCAUAUUAGUGGAAGGAACUGGGACAUAGGUUGAGGUACUAGUUGGUGUUUAUUACUGUAAGUGGCUUUAGUUUAAAAGACGUGAUCGAGAACACACCAUAUUAGGCUUGGGAUGAUAUUAAGCAGAAACCAUAUACUGUGGCUUUAGGGUGUACCUUGUGACUGCAGGUUUCCAGUCAGCUAAUAUACUCAACUAUGAAUUUUAUGUAUGGAAAAUGUCCUACAUUUGUUUCCAUCAACACAUUCCCUAAGGCUUAUGUCAGUCUCUGUUGUUCUAUUUUCAUUUGAAAGUCUUAUUAUGCCUCUCAUGUUUAGCUGAAUAUCCUGCAAUUUAUUAUCAAUAUAACCUAUUACCUACAGUAUAAAAAUGUACAUGUACACAGAAGGUUAGAAUUCUGUCUUCAACUGUUUUCCUAAACCAAGGGCAUUAAUGUGAUCAAUCCCUCAUGACUAAUUUUACAGCAUUAAGUCAUCUGUGUGUAAGAAUCCGGUUAUCUGUGUAAGAAAUAAUGAACGAAACAUUUAACAGAUGAUGUGUUAGUUUAACAAUUUUGUAUAUGAAGACGGUCAACAAAGUGACAAAUGACAAAACCCUGACAGUCUAUGACUUGUUGGACAAGAACACUGUGUGGUAUACUGAAUGUUUUACUGUGUUAAAAAAAACAAGGUCUUGAAUGGUAGUAAGUGACACAUAAAUGUGCCACUCGUAUAUACUAUAGUAUGUUUGUUGGCAGGCCUUGCAUUUACCUUGCUGCCUUACCCAUUAUAAUGUUUGGAAAAUGAACUCAAGGUAUAAAUUUUGAUGGUGUACAAAGGAGAAACGUUUCAAAUGAGAAAAUUGGGGGGGAAACAACAUGCUUGCUAUUACUGCUUUACGAUCAAUUAAUAAAGCACAAUACCAACUC